AUGAGAGGGGGCCAAUAGGGUUCAGGCGGCCGCCAUGACCUGGUCCUCCGAGCCUCUGUCAAGCUGUUGGUUGGGUAGGUCGAACAAUGGCCGGGCCCCUCCCCCCGCAGUUUGUUGGGGGUAGGUUAAACCACGGUAGGGGCUCUCCCAUGGCAUCAGGACAGCUGAAGGUGGGCCUCUCUCUCUGUGUUUCUGAAAGUUGCCAUUUGGGAGGGAGUGAGAGGGAGAGUUUAUUUAGCUGGCAGAUGGGCACCGGCUCUGCCCAAGAGGAGGAUCUGCAGCGCCGAGCAUUGUGCCAUCAUCUCGUGAACGUAGCAAGAAAUCACUGGACUCGAGAAAGUCUACUGCUCCCCCUCCCCACUGCCUCCUCUCUGUUUCCUUAUUUGUUCCAUUGAUUCGAUCCUGUCUGUCUGCUGCCAACCAAGGGUGGUGCCACCAUGACUAAGAGCUCGCCCCAACAGCAGGAGUAUCAGAACCACCUGGGCGGCAGCAAUCCAGGUGUGAAGCCCAAGAGAACCAGGAAGACUGUCCCGAGGGAUUCCCCUCCUCAGAGGAGCUCCGUUUUCCGAGGAGUGACCAGGCACCGCUGGACCGGCCGUUACGAAGCACAUCUCUGGGACAGGAACUGUUGGAACGAGUCUCAGAACAAGAAAGGACGGCAAGGUUUGUGUGAAGAGCUUCACCGGCUUCUUCUGCUUCUGUCUUUCCUUUUCCAUUCAAUUGGUCACAUACUUCUUAGACUUUUCUUGCUUGUACCUCAACUUGCUCUGCAACUAAUUUCUUUUCUGACAUCUCUUUUUCUGGACUGUCCAUGAAAAUUUUAACCGGCGGUGCAGUUUACCUUGGCGCAUAUGAUGAUGAAGAAGCUGCAGCACGUGCCUAUGAUCUUGCAGCAUUAAAGUACUGGGGAAAUGGCACACAGCUUAAUUUUCCUAUAUCUACUUACAGUGAUGAGCUUAAGGAGAUGGAAGGUCUGUCAAGGGAAGAGUAUAUUGGAUCAUUGAGAAGGAAAAGCAGCGGCUUCUCCAGAGGUGUAUCGAAAUACCGAGGAGUUGCAAGGCACCACCACAAUGGGCGAUGGGAGGCGCGAAUUGGCCGAGUACUUGGUAACAAAUACCUGUAUUUAGGAACAUAUGCGACCCAGGAAGAGGCGGCAACCGCCUACGACAUGGCGGCCAUUGAAUAUCGAGGCGUAAACGCCGUCACCAACUUCGAUCUGAGUCGAUAUAUGAAAUGGAUCAAGCCGAGUGAUGCUGCUUCCGGUUGCACCAGCAGCAAUACUACCGCAGAUGAAAACAGCAGUGCCAUCAACAGUAACUUGAUCAGCAUCAGCAGCACAAACAGCAGUCCUGAAACUGAGUCUAGCAUGCAAUUACCACCAACUGAGCUGCCAUCGAGUACCAUUGAAGACUCGAUCUCUGGCUUCCAGCAGCAGCAGCCUUACCACAACCACCACCUUCCGCAGCCGCAAACUAACACAGAUGCUGCUUCUACAAUCGGCCUUCUUCUGCAAUCAUCAACUCUCAAAGAAAUGAUUCAGAGGAGCUCGGCCGACCUCAGGGAGACGCCGCCUGAAUCUGAUGAACUUGGGGCAUAUAAUUUCCUGGAAGAUAUUCAUACUUAUUUUGAGUAUCAGGAUUAUUGUAGCUAUAGCAAUGGAUUCGGUGACGUCGACAGGAUUUUUGGAGAUUUGAGCAGUGUUGAAUACCCGGACGAGUAUAGUCCCUUUGCAGAGUCUCUGUUUUCCUUUGAACAUGGCAUUUAUCCAUGAGAGGCCAAAGAGAGCUUUUCUUUAUCAUCAUGCAUGAGAAAAAAGAUCAGACAAAAAACAAAUGUAUGGGGAAUCUGGGGCCAUUAAUUGGUUAUUGUUUGAUGAAAUAAGAAAGAAAAAAAAAGGAAAAUAGUUUGGUAUUAA